UAAGGCUAUAACUUCAGGAUCGUCAUACUUCAAUGGAGGUUAAUUAAAAUUACUUGAGCCAAAAAUUAACGAAAGCUCUUGCAAAGAUGAAUGAAGCAGCACACACAUUGACCUUCCAAAUCAGAAAUAAAAACUGUAAACGUUUAGAUUAAAAAUGCGAAACUUUAAAUUUUAAAAACUAUCUCAAAUAAGGAUAAUUUUGGUCAGUUUUGCGUACAAUCCACGCCAACUGUGCGUAGCUAACCGUACAUAUUCCUGCUGUCAUCUUAGUUUCCAUCAUGGUGAUCGGAAGAGUUGUGUGACCUUACCCUUCCUAUCACAUUCAUUCUCAACAGCGUUAUUUCCAGCAGCUUCCAGAGCUAGCAAACGCCGAGCAGCUGGAACAUGACAUGUUGUUUAUGACAUUAAAAUGUAAACAAACACCUGCGCAACAAUGUGGAAUUUACCUGCGUAGAAAAGGUAUGGAGAUUGGGUGAUAGUAUAUUUGUUCGCGUGCUUCAAUAUCACACUCGAAAGAGUAGCGGCGAAUAGCGCACCUGUGUAACUGGCAGAUAGCAACGAUAACUAUACUCUACUUAAUGCAACACUGCAGUGCAAUUCAAAAUGUGCGUCACGUGGAAAACGGUCAUGUUUAUCGCCUCGCUCCUUUCAUGUAACGAAGCACUGUACGAUUGGCCGACCGAGGAAACGAGCAAAUCUAUCCUCAACUCCGGCUACAAGGAGUAUGAGUUCGAGCUAACGCAGACGAACAAUUUGUACCGUCAAGAUGUACUUCAAAAGUCGUGCCAGUACAACAUUACCGAUGAUAUGAUGGACCGGAUAGAGCAGCUGAAACAGAUUCCCACCGAUCAUCUUCUAAUUGAUCGUGAACACAAAUUUCUCUACUGCUACGUUCCGAAGGUCGCUUGCACCAACUGGAAGCGUGUUAUGAUGAUACUGAUUAACAAAUGGAACGGUACCGAUCCAUUACAAAUUCCCGCUGAUCUGGCACAUUCGGCCGGAAUGUUUGAAACGUUUCAAUCGUUAAGCGACGAAGACAAAAUUGCUGUGCUUGCCGAUUAUAAUCGCUUCAUUCUGGUUCGCCAUCCGUUCGAGAGACUGCUGUCAGCGUUUCGCAAUAAACUGGAGGGCAACUCAAAAAGUGCCAAAUACUUUCAGGCACGCAUCGGGAGAACCAUCAUAAAAUCAUUCCGGAUGCACGCCACAAACGAAUCGCUUAUAAAUGCGGAUGAUGUGCAGUUCAACGAGUUUGUGCAGUACUUACUUACGCCGGAUCUGAGCAAAAGCGGAAACAUGUCAUUCAAUGAGCACUGGGAACCCAUUUCGCACCUUUGCCAUCCCUGCUUGGUGCACUACAAUGUCAUAGGCAAAUACGAAACACUGAUGGAUGAUUCUUCUCUAGCACUGCAUCUGGCCGGUGCGGAAGGCUUGAGCUUUCCCGCGGUUUACAAAUCGUCCAGCACACGGGAACGGUUGAAGCACUACUUUAACGACAUUCCUACAGAAACCUUGAAGCGGUUGUAUUUACUUUACGAGGAGGAUUUUAAAAACUUUGAUUACAGUUUGGAGGAAAUAUUCGGCUAUGAGCUCGUUUAAGGGAUACAAUUAGCAUUUAGACAAUACUUACAGGUAAGUUGGCUCUCAUAAGUUGAUAGUAACAGAUUUUAGGGCAGUUGGUGUACUUAUUAACAGCAAACAAAACAGGGAAGUUACAGUGUUACGGUAUUAGGGUUGCAGGACAAUACAUGUGAUAUUAACAUUAAAUGUGCAAACUUUGUUGACAAUAUUUCAUACAGCAAUAAACAUUCUUAUUGAUAUUUGUGCAAGAAUUUGUAAA